CAGAGGUCAAGGGGGGGUACCCCUGCCUACCCUGCAGUUGGUGUCCAACCCUCUCGGCAGGGCGGGUACAGCUCGCAGGGGGGCCCGGGACGGAGCAAGGACGGGAAGCUCAGCGCGAGCCAUUCUAAGUAGGGUCCCUCCACUAACAUCAGAUGCCAUCUGACCAUAACAGGCAGUUGCGACGCUCAGCUUGGUCGUCAUUUGUUCCAUGCUGGACUUGAACUCACGGUCCCGUCCAUUUGACAAACUGGAGGUGUCCAGCUGCCUCACUGCGUCUUUUUCCCUGGAAACUGAACAAUUUGAUUGUCACUCCGUCGCCGGCGAAACAAAGGCGGAAUACUUUUGGCGCCCCACCCGCUUUGGCAAGAUCGGCAUUGUCGGUUCUUGACUUACUAGAGAGGUACUCUUACACCUUCUUGUUUGUGUUUUUCCCAUGCGCCGCCUUUGAAUAUUGCGGCGCAAAACCGAUAUAACUACCGCCCUCCUCAAGCUUCCCUCUCCCGCUCACCAAGUACCACGAUACCAGCCUUGAAGAUCGCCGCUGGACAGCCUCGUCUUUCCAACAAACAAGAGCCAUUCACUUAGUCCUAGUAUUGCUCAUCGUGCCAUUCCAUCCCAUCCGUCAAACAGCCUUACAGGAUCCCACCUUCGUUUUGCCCUCCAAGCACCACAGUGGACCCGACCUUGACGUGUCUGCGUGGCAGAGUCCCCGAGGCCGCCUGUGCCCUCGUCAGAAGCCUCUCUCACUUGCCAGACUCGGUCACCGCAGUAGCCUCUGGCACCGUCAACCGAUUUGCACGUCGAAUUACACCGUUCCUCGCCGACGUCAUAUUUAUAGCGUCCCCACCAUGGACCACUUUCCGCGACUACGCCCGCAUCGGCGCAAACGAGACAUCACCGCUCCCAGUUUGAUCACCACACCUACUACCACCAAGUCAGAAAGUACUUCUGAGAAAACCGAGUCUCCUUCGGCUGAACUAACAACCCCCACCGCCACUCCUUCGCUACGCUCAGUCCAUAAGCUCCGUCCCUUUCGAGUAUUUUCACGUUCGUCCAAGAGGGCCCGCGAGUCCUCUCCCGCUUCGCACAAACAGACACCGACUGUCGCCGCCGUUAUGGCUUCCAACGGUACCGCAGACCACCCUGCUUCGCCAGCCGAGAGCAAGACGUCGUCAGGGCAACAGCUCAAGAAAGAUGGCCGACCCAAGAUGCCCUCUUUCCUGGAAUUAAGCGAGUCUGAAAUUGAAAACAAGUUUCAAGAAAUCAUCUGGCUCGAGCGCAAGCGCAUCCUAGAAGCGACACAGAACCCCUCACGAGAUUUCCGCUGGGCCCGCGUAAUGGGACCGCACCUUCGGCAGCUCGACAGAUACGGCAACAUACAACCCUGGCACAACAACCGAAUCAAACUUCAGGUGCCUGAGGGCAAGAUCGACUACAUCAAUGCCUCGCCUAUUGUCCUACCCCCGACGGUCCUCACCACGGCCGAUGGGGAAACAAGCAAUACACAAGAACCGGAUCGCUACAUCGCCAUGCAGGGCCCCAAACAGUGUACAACCGACCAUGUAUGGCGCAUGGCCGUUGAGCAGCUCGAGAGCCCCGGCGUAAUCGUCAUGUUGACCGAGACUCACGAGGGCGACUUUGAGAAAUGUUACCAGUACUUUCCCCGGACGACGGAGGAUCCCCCACUGGAGAUCAACGAGGGGGACGAGUUCGGCGAUGGCUUCCGCGCCACAGUUCGGUGCGCAGGGAUCGAGGAUACUCCGGCCGGUGAUGCGAUCGAGCUUCGCAAGAUGGUGAUCCAUGUGCACAAGUCGGCUGGAAGGAAGAGUGUGGACGGCAAGAGCAAUGGGUCGCAGAGCAAAAGGCAAACCCCAGAGCCGGAAAACGCAACCACCGAGGAACCCAAGAUCACGUCGCCUCUGACCCAGAUGGCAAAAGAGACGGAAGAGAACCUCACGAUCAGUGAACCAGAAGAGACGGUAGGCCGGAACUCUGAAGAGGAAGAAGUCGAAGAGCGCAUUGUGUGGCACUUCCUCUACAAGAAGUGGCCCGACUUUGGCGUCCCGGACCUCGCCGAUCUCGACAGUUUCUUUACACUCAUGAGUCUAUCUCGAGAGAAGAACGCGGGCCCCCACAACCCUCGCAUCGUCCACUGCAGCGCGGGCGUUGGCCGCAGCGGUACCUUCAUAGCGCUGGAGCAUCUCAUGCGGGAGCUGGACGCGGGAGUGUUGGAGAACUGGGAUGAGCGUACCGCUGGCGUUGGCGAGUCCUUGUCUUCGCCUGUUAGGACGUCGCAGGAGGAAGUCAUGUCGCCCAUAGGCAGCACAAAGGGCUUGGAAGAUAACGACUUAAUUUUCCAGGUGGUCAACCAGCUCAGGGAGCAGCGAAAGACCAUGGUGCAGGCCGAGAGCCAGUAUCUGUUUAUCUACCAGGUGAUGCGCAAGCUGUGGCUGGAUAAGUAUGGAGGUGAUGGUGAUGACUCGAGCUCGGGAGAGAGGGCGGCCAAGAGGCUGGAGGUUGAUCCUGGCGAUCCCUUCUAUGUGAAUGGGUACUCGGAGAAGUAGAGCGACUCGUUGAGUCCUCCCAUAUUGCAUUCGCGGACUAUGUCCUCAUCUUCAGGCCUCCGUGUCUGGGGUUAUGGCCGGUUGAGUUAGCUGGUUCUUUCUCCUGUUGGCCUAUGGCUAGGAGCGGGUGCUCAAUGGGCCGCUGUCGAGGGACCAUGGAAUUGAGGAGGCAUGAUGACAAUAGUCAGAGGCGGUUAGAAGACAAACAGCUGCUAAGUAGGCGCCUGGUCGUGAAGAAACGAUAGACCGUAAGGGGUUACAGGAAAGAAAGGAAAAAGUUAAAGAGCAGGAGAGGAAGGAACAUGGUAGGAGGUGGGUAAGGGGCAAGGUACCACCAAGUAACUCUAAUCAUCUCCUUGUGGACACAAGCAUCCGUACGUCUUAGAUACCCCCGUUGCAUUUUUUCAUAAUGUCAUUGCAUUGCAUUGCUUAUUAGUCACUUUUUGGGGCACACAUAUCGCGAUAUCAAGUUGU